AGAAGAAAUCGAUGUGUCACGUGACAGCUUGAGGAUUCUCUCAUGUGAUCUUCCCGACCUCCCGUCAGCUCUGACCGAUCUGUGCGUGAUACGUUUGUUGGCUCUUGGUAUCGUUCACGCGAGUGUCAGAAGAAUCAUUAUUAUCGGACAAACAUGGGAGCGUCCGCGUUACCUGUAGCAAUUUUUACGAUUCUCUGGGGCGUCGUAGCGAUCGUAGGAAUAACUUUACCGCUUUUCGUCCCUAAGGGACCAAAUCGUGGGAUACUGCAGGUUCUACUAAUAUUGACAGCUUUUACGUGCUGGUUAUUUUGGCUCUGCUGCUACAUGGCACAAAUGAAUCCAUUAAUUGGACCAAGGUUAGAUAAUAUAACAGUACUGGUCAUGGCUGAGCAAUGGGGCAAUCGUAUUCCAGGUGCAGCAAGAACUUCGCAAUAGAAACUUUUGAUUUUAAUUAAUCGUUUAUGCAUUCAUGCAUUCCCUAACAUAUAUAUGGUUUUUAAUAACAAUGUAUAAUUAUCCAGAAAUGAAAUUGAAUGCUAAUAUGUAAUAAUUAAUUCGGAUUUUACGUUAUGAUUGAAAAUUUCGUUAUCAUUGAUGAAGAGAUAAUGCUUCUGUAUAUAGGAUAUCUAUCGUUACUACCUUUUUAGGAACGUGUAAAAAGUUUCAGUGUGUUAUGUAUAUUUAUCUAUAUUUACGUGCCUAUAUGAACUAUAUAUAUACAUACAUAUAUGGAUAUUGUAAUAAAAAAUGUGCUAAUAUAGUAUUAUAAUUGAAAAAAUAUAUCCUACUAAGUAUCUAAAUGUUCUACUAGCUGUGUUGUACGUAAUUAAGAAUAUAUAUAUAUAUAUA